ACAACAUCACAUGGUAUUUUGACAGCUGCCAGUUGCCACAGAGCUCCUAUUUAAUCAUCUUUUACACAAAAUAAUUUGGAUUGAAUUAUUAAUUAUCGUUGGCUUAUAUACUAAUAAUUUUCUGUAGGGCUCACGUAUAUUUUACAAAUUAUAAGGUUUCCUUGUGAAUCAGACAAUUCAUAUACCGUACAGGCUCGUAAUACUCUGUGUUAAGUACCGCGCUCAAACAUAUUUUGAUUACUUUCUACAAUAUUUUCAACAAAAUAAAAACUAUAAUGGUUUUAUGCGAAAAUAGAUAAGUAUGAUACUUACCUUCUGAUAAUAAAUCUACAAAAAGCAAAAAAAUAACUUCAGUGUUAAGUGUUCAAUACUUUUAUCAUUAUUAUCUUAACAUGACUGAAUACUGGAAGUCCCAAGCAAGAAAAUAUUGUGAAUUCUGUAAAUGUUGGUUUGCUGACAAUAAAGUUUCAAUAUCAUUUCAUGAAAAUGGGAAGCGUCACAAAGAAAAUGUUCAGAAGCACAUCUCACAACUUAGCAAAAAAAGUGCAAAGGAAUUUAAACAGAAGGCUAAAGUUGAUGAAGACAUUAAAAAGAUGGAAACGGCAGCCAUGGCUGCUUACUUGAAAGAUGUACAAAGUAAUGCUGAUAUUACUUCACAGAGCAUUCGUGACAUAAUAGAAAAAGAAGGUGGUGCUGAAGCCACUAUAAUUGUCAAAAGCGGGAGUAGUCAUUCACAACAAAAAAUAACUGAUCCAAUAUGGCAUGAAGUUAAGAAUGAGGAUGGGAGUCUAUACUAUUGGAACACUAUUACUAACGAAACCACAUGGGACACCCCUGAUGAGUAUUUAUCAAUAGCAGAACAAGAGAAGAAAAAACUAAAAGAAGCGGAAAAGAAGAAAAAAGUAGAAAAACUAAAACUGGCCAAGCAAAAUGAAGCCAUAAAAGAAGUAAACGCACACUUGGCACGCGAGAAAAUGAAAGAAUUUGCUGUCAAUAAAAAUGAUCCUCCAUCAACCAAAAACACUGUGGACUAUGGUCCUGCGCCCCGUGCUGCCAAACCUUAUGGCGCGUGGACACCAAUUGUGAACAAACCAGAAGAAAACAUUGAUUUGCAGUUACCAAAAGCUAAUAAGGAGGUAGUGCCGCCGCCUGUGGUAGUGCAGCCUGAGAUAAUUCAGUUUAAAGAGAAACACGUGGGCUCGCUCGGAGAGGGACCCGUCGAGUUCAAAAGACGCAAGUUUAACAACGCCAAACGAAAUGCUCGACAGAAAUUGGACGAUGACUGAUGUUACCAAGUGCUAAUAAAAUGUAUGAUAUAG